AUGGCAGGUACUGUCGCUGUAGUGAAGGAGUCCGCGAUGUCGCGGGAGCUGCAGCAGGACUGUAUAGAUUGCGCCGCACAUGCACUGCGUGAGAUGGGGCUGAAAGAGCAGACCGCAAUUGCCCAGUUCAUCACCCGUGAACUCAACAGCAAGUAUGGCUCCCGGUUCCAUUGUGUUGUGGGCCGCUCCUUUGGUUCGUACGUUGGUCAUGAUGACCAGUACUUUGUCUACUUUCUUAUUGGCGACUGUGCCUUCUUAAUAUGGCGCACCGUUGAUACUUAUGAGGAGCGUGUGUUUUACGUUUCCGUGGACGAUAUAGCUGUUGGUCGGUCGAAUGUUGAAAGAGCUGAAAUGUAA